AUGCCGGAUGCAUCUGUGCUUGGGUCUGCUGGAGGAGGAAUGGGGAGUCCUCCUUCAGAGACACAGGUACUCAGCGAUUUGACAAUCAAGACAGUGCAGGAUAUAUCCAUGGGACAAGGUGACGUGAGCGUUUUGCAUCAUCUACAGUCCCUAGCCAAGGCUCGUACAGAACAGAAACAGAACUCUACCAUCCAACACAAUGCCGAGAUCAUUAAGCAACAGGUGACAACCAUCGACGAAUUAAAUCAGGAGAUCAGCAGGUUGCUUCGCCAGAAGGCGAGCAUGGGGAAGAUGCCGAAUGUGCCGGAGGCGGUGCCGGAGGAGAUGACCUUGGGGAAGGCACCAGAGGGACCGCCAGCAGAGGCGAUGCCGGAGAUGCCACCGCCAGCUGUGCCGGAAGCGAUGCCGGAGAUGCCACCGUCCAAGAAAAUGAGGACGCAUGAGCCCAAGGAGGCCCAUUCGUCUAAACCCAAGGAGGUGGUGUGCACGGGAGAAAACAAGGGAGAUCUACUUCGCCGAUGCAUUACCGUACCUCAAGGCUCUGUUCACAGAGACGUCGGCUAUGGGCAAGGACGAGUUUCUUGCCGAGAUGGCACAACGCAAAUUCACAACAAAAGUUUUCUCAGGUGGCAUCACAAGCACAAGCAUUCCGGAUGA